AUAAUUUUUUCUCCAGUUUUCGUGUUUUCAUUUUAGGGGGAAGAAAAAAUUAUGCCAGUAGAUACCAAAUCUUCGCUCGUCAAUAAAAAAACGACAGAAACUACUAGUGUUGUAAAGAAUAACUACACGGCUGCCACUCAAGCAGCUUUUAUUGCUGCUAAAGAAAAAGCAACAAGUGUAGUUCACUCUGCUCGAGAGUGGAUCACACCUUCAGGAGAAUGGUCUUCUUUAACACAACUUGAAUCACUGUCAACUGUCAUGUUCAGUCCUCUUGCAGCACACCCUGUCUAUCGCUCUGAAUCUAUGGUUAAGGCAAUACAGUUGAUGCAACAACAACAACACAGACAGCAAACAACAGGUUCUUCUACUUCAUUAAUCUCUCCACGGCGCGAUCUUGUAUUACACGGUAAAUCCUAUGCCUGGCCAAGUAGUAUUGCACUCCUAGAGGCAGAUAUACCCGAAACAAACAAUCCUGUCUCUUUAUUUCAAGGAUUUGCUACUGCUUAUCCUUCACUUGCAAAAUCAUCUCGAUCACCUAAACAUGAAAAGCAACCUUCCAGAGAUACACCCAAAUCACUUACUCAAAUCAUUGCAGAAAGAGAAAGAAGAGUACGGGAAUGUGACAAGAUUAGUAUGCAAAAGUCUUCUACUGCCAAUGGAAUUGAGCAAAUCAAUUUGCAGAUCAAUGAACUACUAAGCAAAAGACAAGCAUUAGAACAAAAAUGGGAAAAGCUUGAGCAAAGAGAUAUUGAAUUACAAUUGAUAAUUGAUGAUUUAAAUGAAGCCGUGAUGGAUAUUGAAGAAGGUGGAAGUAAUGUCACUAGUAGCAGACAAUUGCGAUCUGAAAGAGAGCGAGACUUCUCUGAUGAUGAAGAAUACGAAUCUGGAACUUGCUUCAAAACAUUAGAAGGUCAUACAGACGAUAUCCUCUGUAUUGACUUUAAUCAUCCUAAAGGCAUGCUUAUUUCUUCAUCUCUGGAUGGCACAGUUCGAGCAUGGGACCUAUACCGCAAUCGUUGCCUUGGAAAUUUGGAAGGCCAUAACGGCAAUGUACGAUGUAUGCAACUAAAAGAGGCUCGCCUUUUGACAGGUUCAGAUGACAGCACAAUCAAGCAGUGGGACCUGUCAUUGAUUCGACCACUCACUUCUUCUAGCAGCUCUGUCUUUUCAUCUGAACCCAGCUCUCCCAGUUUGACAGCGGUUGAUGGUGGUAUUGUAACAGAAACAUUUACACUUGAGGGUCAUUCAAGCGAAAUCACUGCGCUUGAUGCGAACUUGCACUCUGCUGUAUCUGGAUCAAAUGAUAAGACAAUCAGACAAUGGGAUUUAGAAACACAACAAUGUAUUUUAACACUUGAUGUGAUGUGGGCUAGCAAAUCCUCAAAUAGGCUAGAGUCUUGGAUUGACACUGCUUUAAAUUAUGGUUAUGCAGCCCAUGAUUUUGUAGGUGCUUUGCAGUUUUGGGAUUUCGCUUUGGCGAGUGGUACUUCAGAUGGUAAGAUAAGAAUGUGGGAUCUGAGAACAGGUCAAGCCCAUCGUACAUUGCCUGGUCAUAGCGCUCCUAUCACUUGUCUACAGUUUGAUGAAGUGCACCUUGUGAGUGGUAGUUUAGACAAGACAAUCAAAAUCUGGGAUUUACGUACAGGCUCUGUAUUUGACACAUUGACUUAUCCGGCCCCUGUUUCCAGCUUACAGUUUGAUUCAAGUAAAAUUAUUAGUUCAGGCACUAGCAACACUAUUGAUGUAUAUAAUCGUACCUCUUUCCAACAUACUACAUUUUCUGGGCAUAAAAGCCGUAUCAAUUCUAUUCAAUUUCAUCAUGAUGUUCUUGCAAGUGCAGGAAGUGAUAAAGUUAUUAAAUUAUGGUCCAUUUAGUUUGCAUAUCUUCUUUGAAAAUAAAAUAGACAUUAUUUAUUUUAUCUAAA